UAAUAAUGAAACCCUUUAUAUUUUUCAUCCCUCUAUCUCCGAUCUCUGUUUUGCAGCGCAUAGAUUUCACCAUCAGCUUUGCUCCCCAGAUCUCUUGCAUCACCGACACCAGAAUCCCAGAUGCUAUUAUCAGUUAUUUUGUACAUCUGAGGAAGAUAGAAAGUCAAAAUGGUGAAACUGACAAUGAUUGCUCGUGUCACUGAUGGGCUUCCACUAGCCGAGGGAUUGGAUGAUGGCCGUGAUGUGAAAGAUAUUGAAAUGUACAAACAACAAGUAAAGGCGCUGUUUAAGAAUCUUGCUACUCGCCAAAAUGAACCUUCUAGGAUGUCCAUUGAAACGGGUCCUUAUGUGUUCCAUUAUAUCAUCGAAGGACAUGUUUGUUACCUUACAAUGUGUGAUCGUUCUUACCCUAAGAAGCUAGCCUUUCAGUAUUUGGAAGAUCUGAAAAAUGAAUUUGAGCGCAUCAAUGGGGCUCAGAUUGAAACUGCUGCCAGACCUUAUGCCUUCAUUAAAUUUGAUACUUUCAUACAGAAAACAAAGAAAUUAUACCAGGAUACCCGCACUCAGCGGAAUAUUGCAAAGUUGAAUGAUGAACUCUAUGAAGUUCACCAAAUAAUGACUCGCAAUGUGCAGGAAGUACUCGGUGUUGGUGAAAAACUAGACCAGGUCAGCGAAAUGUCCAGUCGAUUAACAUCAGAAUCUCGCAUAUAUGCUGACAAGGCAAGAGAUUUGAAUAGGCAGGCCUUAAUUAGAAAGUGGGCCCCCGUCGCUAUUGUGUUGGGAGUUGUUUUCCUCCUUUUCUGGGUUAAAACGAAGAUCUGGUGAUCCAGUUGCCUUCUAUGGUUUCUGAGAAUUGUUGCAUUAUUUUCCUGGGUUUCUCUACAUUGCUGUCGGUUAAUUGUGUUCAUGGGGAAUUGUCUGAAAGGACUUCUGACUGAGGAUUAGAUGCACGUAAAGACUUAAAUCAUCUUUCAAGCUGGACUGUAGUUUUUGUUGAUGGGACACUGGUUAAACGGACUUAUUAUUUAAGUAGCUCCCGAUGACCAUUUGGAGACGUGAAAGAGAGACCCUUUGGUUUACAAGUUGAGGAGCAAAAAUACAUCGGAUACGAUCAAAUUUCUAUAUUCUCAAUGCUUUAUAGGGCAAUAUUAAUCUACAUGAUCAUGGCCAUCAGUAUGUGAUUUACAAUUGCAAUAUAUACUUUCUAGAGAUUUUAAAUUACAUCA